AUAAACCAAACAGUCUGCAAAGGAUUCUCAAAGCAAACGUUUCAGUAUUUGAACGCUAGUAGCGACGCGCUCUUGAAAAUCUUGUGUAGCAAAUUCUAAGAAAGUGGUAAUAAGAAUAUUUUUUGAAGAAAAAAUUAAAAACUAAAUUUUGAAAAUUAAAUUUAAGUAUACUUUUUUCCGCGUGCAAAAAAAAAAAUAUUUGAAAAGCAAAUUGUGUAAAAAAAAAUUUUAACAUUUACCAAGUAAAUUUUAUCUGCAAUUAAGUGGUGUGAGCAAAGUUUCAGCGGAAGUGCACGCCAACACACAAGCCAACGGCCAGCAGACGAACAGUUAAGCAGGAAACGCAACAACUGCUCUCCAAUUCACGGCUCUUUAUUUUUAGCCAAGCUCAGCCAAAACCCGUUACACACGCCGUGUAACUCGCGUCAUAAGAAACGGAGUAGUUAUUUUUAGAACAGUAGCAAGUUAAUAACACAUAUUCUAAGUUAUGGAGUCACCCAGUGCAGCUACCGCUUCAGCCGCUGCCGCCGCAGCUGCUGCAAAGCGCGUACAAAUCGAGAAGGCACAUAAUUUCAUGCGUCAAUACCGUGAUCCGGAAUCGCGUGAAUUGAAAAAGUUGUCAGCUAAUCAAUUUAUGGAUGUGUGGGCACAUUACGACAAAGAUGGUAACGGUUACAUUGAAGGCACAGAAUUGGAUGGCUUCCUGCGCGAAUUCGUAUCGAGUGCAAAUGCCACCGAUAUCAGUCCAGAAGCUGUCACCGACACAAUGCUUGAGGAGCUGAAAUCGUGUUUCAUGGAGGCUUACGAUGAUAAUCAGGAUGGCAAAAUCGACAUUAGAGAGCUUGCUCAACUUUUACCAAUGGAGGAGAAUUUCCUUUUGCUCUUCCGUUUCGACAAUCCACUGGAAUCCAGUGUUGAAUUUAUGAAGAUUUGGCGCGAAUACGACACUGAUAAUUCCGGCUACAUUGAAGCUGAUGAGCUGAAAAACUUUUUACGCGAUUUGCUCAAGGAAGCCAAGAAAAUUAAUGAUGUCUCCGAGGAUAAAUUAAUUGAAUACACCGAUACGAUGUUGCAAGUUUUCGACGCCAACAAGGAUGGACGUCUGCAGCUCUCCGAAAUGGCCAAAUUGCUUCCGGUAAAAGAGAAUUUCCUCUGUCGCCAGGUUUUCAAGGUAAGUGCUGGACUUAAAUAUACAUUUGCGUUUACGUGCGUCCCUUCGAAGCCACUGAACCCUUCUAAUUUCAAUUACUAUCGUUAAUACACAUACAGACACGUUUACAUAUAUGUAUGUAUAUAGAAGA